CAGGGUAACAUUGGUGAUAGCAAUCUGGCUGUUUUGUGGGUUGUGAUUCUUGCUUGGGCCCCCGAGGCUGAGAAUGGGUGCUGGCAUCGUGGUGUAUAUUACACCGGCCGUUCUCAUCAUGGCUUGCGCCCGAGUCUGAGAACCGCGACAGGAUGCGAUGGCUUGUCUAUUGGCGAACUGUCUUCAGUCAAUGUCAGAUCACCUGUCAUUCUACCCGCAACAACUCUGGCGUAUUCCAUCUCAGGAUGCCCGCUAUUCAGCCACUCUCAGGUGUUCAGGACACCGCAGCCCAGCUUCAUGGCCGCGAAGAAUCGGGGUCGCCAGCGGCGAGCAACAUGACGACGCUAUGGAUUGUGGUGGUGAUUGCAGUCGGCAUCAUAUGCGUCGGGAUCACGAUCGCCUUUCUCCUGGUCUGUAUCAGCAAGCGCCGCCAGUACCGGCGAGAACAACAGUUCCAGCCGUACUUGAGCCUAGGCGAGAACAAGAAGAGGCGGAAGAUGAGCGCGGAAGACUUGUUUCGUGAAGAGGAAGAGCGCAGAAGCUACAUCAUCCGGAAGUCGCUGGCGACACGGUCCACAGACUCGGCAGGGAGUCGACUAUCGACGUUGAUAGAUCGGGUCGACCAGGAACUGACAGAGAUGGAGAGACAAGAGUCGACGAGGCUGAUGGACGACUGGAAGAGGUGGGAAGCCAGGAUCCGGCUGGAACGGACGAGGUCGGGCCGUCAACACCCUGCGAUCAGCGCACCUGGAGGAGUGCCCAUUCUCGCCAUCCCCACGCCGGCGAAGCAUCGGUCCCAAAGGCGGAUAUCGCCCGUGAUAACACCACCUCCGAGCCCGCCAGUACCACCCCGCCAUCCUGAUCGACGCUUGCCAAGCUGAGCAGCAGGUGCCAUCGCACGUUCGUUCGACAAACCUGCACCCUCGACAACCGCAGUCCAGGUUC